UAAAAUGGCGAAUAAAGGAGCAUCACAAGGUGUUGUUGUUCCAAGAAACUUUCGACUUCUAAAUGAGUUGGAACGUGGCGAAAAAGGAAGUGGUGAUGGAACAGUAUCAUGGGGACUUGAAGAUGACUCUGAUUAUACACUAUCGAGCUGGACCUGUACCAUCAUAGGACCAACUAAUACUCCCUUUGAUGCUAAAAUCUACACUGUAAACAUACAUUGUGACAGAGAUUACCCUGUGAAUCAGCCCACUGUAACAUUUAAGAGUAAAAUAGCUUUACCUUGUGUAGAUGAGAAAGGAGCGGUGAAACUAUCUAAAUUAUUAGGAGAUUGGAAAGACUAUUUCACUAUUCAAGCCAUACUGAUCGCAUUGAGGAAUCAAAUGAAAGUAAAAGAAAAUUGGAAAUGCCAGCAGCCACGGGAAGGUUACUAUUGAAAACCCUUUGAUUAGAUCGUAUUGACUCCAUUGGCCCCUAAGUUUGUCCACUAGAAGUAUUUGGAAAUUGAAAGGAAAUACGUGAUUUUGUUCUCCACCAGCAACAUGCCAGGACAGUGUGGGGUCAAGAAACUGAGGCCCAUCAUUAAAAAAUGCUUGGGAUAGUCACAAUUUUUGUUUUCAUGGAUCAGGCCUCCAGUAGAAGAGUAAAGAAUCCGUUUGCAAAGCUCAGACUUUUUAUCUCUGACUGAUCAUGUAUAUAUGUUAAUGUUACUUGAUUAUCUUUGGUUUUGUCUUGUUUUUGAAAGAGACAAGAAGGUGUUGCCUGUAUAGUAUUAUAUAGGCUGAAUCAUCACUUGUACAAACAAAUCUUCCUGUUUUUAUCCCCCAUAAAUUAACUGAGGAAACUCACAUGUUCAUUGUUUGCUGUGCAUAUGUAAGAAUUAAGAAGUAUCCUGCAAAUUCAACCGGAAAAUUUCAUCUAUUUUUCUUUUUUUUUUUUUUUUUUUUGCAUAAUCAUGUUAUUCAGGCUUUUUAAGGUAUCAUUCCACUAGCAAUGAUAUACAAGUGUACUAUGUACUUAUUUGUGUGCCAGCUUAGAUUUUUGCACAGUCUUGAGCUGAACACAAUUUAAAUGACUUCUAUAUAUAUAUUAUGACUAAGUGAGAAUGAAAACUGAAAUACUUUCCUGGACUACAUUGUACUUUAAUCUCAAGCACUCUUUUAAAUUAUAGAAAAAGAAACUAAGGAUGAAGGUUGAAGUUUUUAUUUGAUAAGUUCAUCAUGUAUUUGAGAGCAGGUUGUUUAGGUAAUUACCCUCCCCCUUAAAUUUAAGGACUAAAACAGAGAACUAAGACUAGACUGAAAAUGGGACUUACAGGUGUUGUUUGUUUAAGAAUUCUUCAUUGUAGUUGCUUCACUUGGUGAUAUUGUAUACAUACGAUAAGGAUGAUACUGAAGUUCUAUAGGAUCAUUGUAUGUGUUUAACACUGUCCUUGUUCAAGCCAAUGAAAUGAUCUUACCAGGUAUAUAUGCUCUGUUGGACUGAUUCAUAAUGCAAAUCUGAGAAUUAAUACUGGUCUAAAAACUCUAUAAUUUCUGGAUCACAAUACAAAUUGAUGCCAAAGUAAAUUUUGCAUUAUUUAAAAUAUAAAAACGGGUACAAUGUAUUCAAUUUGUGUGUGUAUUUUCCCCCAUGUCUAAAUUAACACUGGUACUCUUAACUAAACACCUAAAACUGUAUUGUGGUAUCAAGCUGAUAGUAACAAUAUUUGCUAAUAUGUCUCUGGGUUUUUUUUCAUGAAAAGUUAUUGAUUUAUUGUAGAAGUAUUAAUGGUCUUAAUAAUAUUCAGAAAUAAUAUCUUCUACAAAUGUGGAAAAAAUAUAAAGUAUCAAAGCGUAUUUGCCAUUGAAGUUUCUUAAGUAGCUGUAAUACUAUUUCUCAGAUAAUAAAACAUUGCACAUUUGAAUAAAACUGUUGUAUGGAAA